GUGGUUUUUCGUCCACCCGUCGCGCUCCCGUGACGAUAACUAUGCCAAAUUCCUCGUGGCACCUCUACUCAAUUAACGCUACCUGUUGAUGCCAUUUUCUCCCAUCUCGACCGCGUCCUCGCUGGGAAAACUGGGGUCAGCUGUGCACAGGGCCCCUGUCUCCGUGGUUACAAGACAUGCAAAACGGCAGCCCAAACGGAAUCUCCCAUCAAGAUGAAAGCGUGACCCCCAAACCCGAGGCCGCUCCCACCAACCUUCCUGCGUCCAACCUUCCAACCGAUCCGGUGAACUCUGAUUCAAUCCCCGCCGACCUCCAAGAAGGCGAACCUGCAGCCGCCUCCGAUCAGUUCGAAGGACCUCCCUCCAAAAAACGGAAACUUGCCGGAGCUACCCCUUCUCGCCGAUCCAGCUCUCGUCCAGCUUCGCCUCCAUGGAAGAAGGCCGGCGUCGAUGGCCCGACAUCGUUUAUCCAGGAUGGAAGGCGUAAGUCCUCCCGAGUCAACGCGCUCAGCACCGAUUUGCAGAGCCCGUCUGAUAAGAGGCACACGCGCGCGGCCCAUCAUAAGGUUAUAAGGAAGAGUGUCUCCGGUUCUUCGGGAGGAAUCGCGUCGUCGCCACUUUCGACGCCCCUCUCCCAGCCGGAGAUAAAUGGGAGGUCGGUUGGUGGAAGCGCCACAGUCAAUGGGUCCCCACGGAAUACAACCACAAGGGGGUCGGCCAGUAGGCGACGUCGUGUCUCGCAGUCUCCAGCUCCCGGCCAACCUCAUGCGCGAACGAGAUCCUACGGCUCUGGCACUUUCCGUCGGACUUCAAAUUUCAGUGUGACCGCCUCUAACCGACAACAUCGUUCAUCUUUGAAUAAUGCCUCAGCGAAACUGGUUGGGGCUGGCGAGACCGGCUUUGAGAAUGCAGAUGAUGAUGACCAGCGAGUCCCGCGCCUGCGGAUUAAGGUCAAAAGACCGCCGCUCGGGAUUCAUCAUCCAGGCCACGUUGUGGCUCCACGAAGACACAGCUCCUUCAAGGAGUGGAUUGAGAGCGAGGAUAGAAAAAUGCGAGAUUCCUCGAUGCUGACAUCAGCUGAUGCCCUAGAGGAGGCUCUUAAGAGGCGUCGAAUAGCCGUGGCAGCAGAGCCGGGAGGUCUUCUAAGUCCGGAGGUGUGCUCCGCGUAUCUGCCAGAGCAACAAGGGGAGCCAUCGCAGCAAUAUUCGCACCAAGACCACCUUGUCGCGCAUGCACUGUAUUUCAAGAAGCUUCUUGACCAGGAACACAAGCGCCAUCGAAACACGGCAAGGCUAUUCGCUCAAUGGUGUGCUGAUGCAUGGAGGAAGCGGAACAAGGACCCGGAGGAUAUCCUCCGGGAACAGCAGGACGAAAUGCGUGGAAAACGCAAGCAGCUGGCCAAGGAUCUCCAAAAGAUGUUUGACUUAGCUCGAGCUGAAGUGGACCGGAUGCGUUUAGCACGUUGGGAGGAAGAACGGAAAGCUGAAGACCAACAGGCCCUGGACCGUGCCAUCAAACAAUCCACAAUGCUUUUCGAGAAGCGACGCAUGGAGAUCCUGGGAGAAGUCGGAAGCGAUGCCCCCGACUCCAGCGAUGGGGAGCAAGUUGAGACAGAUGAAGUAUCUGAUGAUCCGGAGGACGAAGAUAAUAUGUCAUCUACAGACUCGGAGAGUGAAGACGAAGAUAAACUUGGUGAUAAUGGUGAUGAAGGCCUAACGGCAGAGGAGCUCCGGCUGAAGUACGCCAAUCUUCCCAACGAUAGAGAACCCUCCGAUCAUGAGUCUGUAGCUUCAGAUGCCACAGAUUCCUCAGAUCAGAGCAACGCCUCCGACGUUAACCCCAUCAAGGAUACUACCGAGACACUUGAUCUCUCGACGGAAGAGCAGCCUGAGCUUGAAGAAGUUGAUCCAGUUCUCAUGGACGACAGCGAAGAGGAGUCUACCGAUAUGGACGACGAUAUGGGCGAUAGUGACGAGGAUAUGGAAUCUGAUGGAGCGGACUUUGACGACGACGCGAGCGACGAUGGCCCUGGAUUGCUAGGAUUUUUUUCGGCGAAGGAGAGGGCACUGGACUAUAACGACAAACAGAGCGAUGCUGACGAUGUUGAUGAGCAUGGCGAUGUUGGGAACUUCGAUGAUGGUGGUGGUGGUGGGGGUGGCGAUAUAAAAAUAACAUCAGCUGGGGAAGAUGAGGAAGAUGAGACAGAGGAUCCCGACGAAGUCUCCCUUGUGCCUAAUGGCCCAGCACGAGAUAAAAUGAUGCCCCGGGAAUCAGACAUUUCUGCUCCAGAUUUUGCCUGUGAUCCUGCCAUCCAAGUGGCUCGUGAUUCCGAUUCCCAGUCUGUACUUGAAUCCGCCCCUGAGUCGACUCCUGCACCCCUCCUCGCCGAAAGUGAGACAUACGUUGAAAUGACAGACACCAUUGACAAUGACGAUACGGGUUUGCCUGACGAUUCCGAUGAACUGUCCCAGUCGAACCUCCCUGAAGAUAAUGAGGACAUUCAAAAUGAGGCUUAUCAGAGCGGAGAGCCCUCAAGUGAAGCUGAGGCUUCCCCUGGUACGCUUGCCACGAAGCCAUCAGAACCAGAGUCAGUCUCAUCUUACGAAGCUUUAGAAAAACUUUCGCAGCCAGGUGAAUCUCCAGCUCCUGGAUUGAAAACGCCAGUGCCCCAUCUUCUUCGUGGGACCCUGCGAGAAUACCAGCAUUUCGGUCUGGACUGGCUUGCAGGUCUUUAUACAAACCAUAUAAAUGGUAUCCUCGCAGACGAAAUGGGCCUCGGUAAGACCAUCCAAACGAUAGCAUUGCUUGCGCACUUGGCCGUGGAGCAUGAGGUUUGGGGCCCGCACCUUGUCGUUGUGCCUACCAGUGUGAUCCUCAACUGGGAAAUGGAGUUCAAAAAGUGGUGUCCUGGGUUCAAGAUCAUGACUUAUUAUGGAAACCAAGAAGAGCGCCGACAAAAGCGCAAGGGGUGGAUGGAUGAUUCAAACUGGAACGUUUUGAUCACGUCAUACCAACUGGUUCUACAGGAUCAACAAGUCUUAAAGAGAAGGGGCUGGCAUUAUAUGAUCCUUGAUGAAGCGCACAACAUCAAAAACUUCCGCUCGCAAAGGUGGCAGGCACUACUUACAUUCAGGACCCGCGCCCGACUCCUACUUACGGGUACGCCGCUACAGAACAACCUGACGGAACUGUGGUCACUGCUGUUCUUUCUGAUGCCCUCGGACGGAGAUGACGAGGGAAUUGAAGGUUUUGCUGAUUUGAGGAACUUUUCGGAAUGGUUCCGACGCCCCGUGGAGCAAAUUCUGGAGCAUGGCAGAGAAACGAUGGAUGACGAGGCAAAACAGGUGGUCACAAAGCUGCAUACUGUACUGCGACCUUACAUCCUACGUCGUCUUAAAGCCGAUGUUGAGAAGCAGAUGCCUGCCAAGUACGAGCAUGUCGUCUAUUGUAGACUUUCAAAGCGCCAGCGAUUCCUAUACGAUGGCUUUAUGUCUCGGGCGCAAACGAAAGAAACCCUUGCAUCAGGUAACUAUCUGUCCAUCAUAAAUUGUCUAAUGCAAUUGAGGAAGGUCUGCAAUCACCCGGACCUUUUUGAAACUCGGCCCAUAUCUACGUCCUUUGCAAUGCCUCGAUCCGUGGCCACGGAAUAUGAGAUCAAAGACCUUCUCAUUCGACGGCGGUUGCUGUAUGAGCACCCGCUUACCAGGCUCGAUCUGGACUUCCUCAACUUAGUACCAAUCUCGCGAGAAGACAUCUCUCGACGACUGGCCGACGAUAGCACCCGGCUUAUGGCUUACGGGCCCUUCAACACGCUCCGAGAACGCCAGUACCACCGGACCAACUGGCAGAUGAACUUUAACGGCACCACAGUGCAGACCACGCUGGAGGCUUUAGAGAACGAGUCUAGAAAGAGAAGGAUGGCAGAGCUGGAAAGGUGCCUCUAUUUUGAGUCGAAGCGCCAUGGUCGUCGCCCAGUGUACGGAUCCAGUCUUAUCGAGUUCCUCACGGCCGACAGCAAACAGAAGCCAACCUCCAAUGGACCGUUGCGGAAACGCUCGUUGGCCGACUGGCUGUCGAGCCGGUCGUCCAUCCUCGCAUCGAUAAUCUUAUCUGUUGAGGAACGAUCUCAGGCAAUGGAUGGCUAUGUUCAGCGGUUUGCCUGCGUUACCCCCGCUGCAGUUGCCUCUGGAAUAACGGAGGCAGCCCUGACUCCCAUAGAAACCAGAUAUCUCACCCGCAAGGAGAGAUUCCCACCAUACGAUCCAUUCCAUGAAGCCCAGAUGCGUCUGUCGAUCGCAUUCCCAGACAAAAGGCUUCUGCAGUACGACUGCGGAAAAUUACAGAGACUUGAUAAGCUGUUGCGAGAUCUUAAGGCAGGUGGCCACCGGGCCCUGAUUUUCACUCAGAUGACCAAGAUGCUCGACAUAUUGGAACAGUUCCUCAACAUCCACGGGCACCGGUACCUCCGACUGGAUGGUACCACCAAGGUCGAACAGCGUCAGAUCCUCACAGAUCGCUUCAACAACGACGACCGCAUUCUAGCUUUCAUCCUAUCUAGCCGUUCUGGUGGAUUGGGUAUCAACCUGACAGGCGCCGACACGGUCAUUUUCUACGAUUUGGACUGGAAUCCCGCGAUGGACAAGCAAUGCCAGGACCGUUGCCACCGUAUUGGGCAAACACGUGACGUGCAUAUCUACCGGUUCGUCUCGGAGUAUACCAUCGAGUCCAACAUCCUCCGCAAAGCCAACCAGAAGCGGAUGCUAGACGACGUCAUCAUCCAAGAGGGGGAAUUCACCACCGACUACUUCACCAAACUGGAUGUCCGCGACAUGAUUGACACCGAUGACAUCCUUGAGAAUCAUGAUGAGGCUAGCGCAGCCAUGGACAGGGUGCUUGAGAACCGCGUCUCAGGUACUGCCCGUGUCUUCGAACAAGCGGAAGACAAGGAAGAUAUCGACGCCGCCAAGAAUGCUCAGAAAGAAUUGGAGCAUGCGGACGAUGGUGAUUUCGACGACCGCACUCCGGGCCAAACCCAGGCCGGAACCCCGCUGGCCACAGGGCCCGCGGUCGGUCCUGAUGAUGGGGCAACAGGAGCAGGAACCGGCACGAGCACGGGGACUCCUGGACCGCAGCUUUUUACCUCGCCGCAGGUGCAUGCGGUUGACGAGCCCGUGGACAUCGAGCCUCAGCCGGGGCAUAUCGAUAACUAUCUGGUACAGUUCAUGGAAUGGAAUAUGAAGGACGAACCGCUCGUCCUGCCGGCAGACAAGAGCAAGAAAAAGUCUAAGAAAGGCAAGGAGCAUCGUCUCCGCAAGAGACGCUGACAUGGACAGUCGGUGGUCCAGGAUUGGGGUAGAUGGGCCAGUGUUGGGUAGGAAAGGACAAAGGGUCCUCAAUGUAAUUGUAUCUGCAUGAUCAUUCUACUCUCUCUCUCUCUCUCUCUCUCUCUCUCUCUCUCACACACACACACACACACACACACACACAAACACCCCUUCCCCUCCCCGUCCCCGGGUUCAUAUUCUUUUGCGUGCAUGUAUGCUUACUUUUCUUUCCUCAAGCCCUGAUCCACCAUGCCCGGUAUAAUGGAAAGAUAUCAGUGUUUAGCGGGCGUUGUUGUAUCUGUGAAAGAAAGGAAAUUCAAAAAAUGGCAAAGAAGAAAAAGAAGGCGGUUUAGAUGCUGUCCU